GUGAGGUCACAGGUCGCUGGGCGGAGCCGGAGCGGAGAGACGACAAGAUGGCGUCUACGGCGGCUGGCAAGCAGCGCAUCCCCAAAGUGGCCAAGGUGAAAAACAAAGCGCCUGCAGAAGUUCAGAUCACAGCAGAGCAGCUUUUAAGAGAAGCGAAGGAGAGAGAGCUUGAGCUUCUUCCACCACCUCCUCAGCAGAAGAUCACAGAUGUUGAAGAGCUAAAUGACUAUAAGCUACGGAAAAGGAAGACUUUCGAAGAUAACAUAAGAAAAAACAGAACUGUUAUCAGCAACUGGAUAAAGUACGCGCAAUGGGAAGAAAGCUUAAAAGAAAUACAGAGGGCCCGUUCCAUUUACGAGCGUGCUUUAGAUGUAGACUACAGAAAUGUCACCCUUUGGCUGAAAUAUGCAGAAAUGGAAAUGAAGAACCGCCAGGUUAAUCAUGCCCGAAACAUUUGGGAUCGAGCUAUUACCACCCUCCCCAGGGUGAACCAAUUCUGGUAUAAGUACACUUACAUGGAAGAGAUGCUGGGGAACGUUGCUGGAUCACGUCAGGUGUUUGAACGCUGGAUGGAAUGGCAACCAGAGGAGCAAGCUUGGCAUUCCUAUAUUAACUUUGAGCUGAGAUACAAGGAGGUGGAUAGGGCACGUACCAUAUAUGAAAGAUUCGUUAUUGUCCAUCCUGAUGUGAAAAACUGGAUCAAGUAUGCCCGCUUUGAAGAGAAGCACUGUUAUUUUGCUCAUGCAAGGAAAGUAUACGAGCGGGCAGUGGAGUUCUUUGGAGAGGAGCAUAUGGAUGAGCACUUGUAUGUGGCUUUUGCCAAGUUUGAAGAGAACCAGAAAGAAUUUGAAAGAGUAAGGGUGAUCUACAAGUAUGCCUUGGAUAGAAUUCCAAAACAGGAUGCCCAGAAUCUCUUCAAAAAUUACACCAUCUUUGAGAAGAAGUUUGGAGACAGAAGGGGUAUUGAAGACAUCAUUGUCAGCAAGAGAAGAUUCCAGUAUGAAGAGGAAGUGAAGGCAAAUCCACAUAAUUAUGAUGCGUGGUUUGACUAUUUGAGGUUAGUUGAAAGUGAUGCUGAUGCAGAGACUGUCCGAGAAGUGUAUGAAAGAGCCAUUGCUAAUGUUCCCCCAAUCCAAGAGAAGAGAUACUGGAAGAGAUACAUCUAUCUUUGGAUUAACUAUGCCUUAUAUGAAGAGCUGGAGGCAAAGGAUCCAGAGCGAACCAGGCAAGUUUAUCAGGCCUGUAUUGAGCUCCUUCCACACAAGAAGUUUACAUUUGCCAAAAUAUGGCUGCUGUAUGCACAGUUUGAAAUAAGACAGAAAAAUCUUCCACUUGCUAGAAGAGCUUUGGGAACAUCCAUAGGUAAAUGUCCGAAAAACAAACUUUUCAAGGGUUAUAUUGAACUGGAGUUACAGUUGCGAGAAUUUGAUCGUUGUCGAAAGCUGUAUGAGAAAUUCCUGGAGUUUGCACCAGAAAACUGCACGUCGUGGAUUAAAUUUGCUGAACUAGAGACCAUUCUUGGUGAUAUCGAUAGAGCCCGUGCCAUUUAUGAACUGGCUAUUAGCCAACCUCGACUGGACAUGCCAGAGGUGCUUUGGAAAUCCUACAUUGACUUUGAAAUAGAGCAAGAAGAGUAUGAGAAAACAAGAAACCUUUACCGCAGGUUGCUUCAGCGCACGCAACAUGUCAAGGUAUGGAUCAGCUUUGCACAGUUUGAGCUAUCUGCAGGGAAAGAGGAGAGCUUGUCGAGGUGCCGGCAGAUUUACGAAGAGGCUAAUAAGGCAAUGAGGAACUGUGAGGAGAAAGAGGAGAGAGUCAUGCUUCUGGAAUCUUGGAAGACCUUUGAAGAGGAGUUUGGAACUGAUAGCACUAAAGAGAGGAUAGAAAAACUUAUGCCUGAAAAAAUAAAGAAGAGGAGAAAACUGCAGGCUGAAGAUGGGUCUGAUGCUGGCUGGGAGGAAUAUUAUGAUUAUAUUUUCCCAGAAGAUACUGCCAAUCAGCCUAAUCUCAAACUACUUGCUAUGGCUAAACUCUGGAAGAAACAGCAACAGGAGAGUGAAGCUGCAGAAAUGGAUCCAGACAAAGACAUUGAUGAGAGCCAGUCUUAAGGUGUUGCCUUGCCCUGCUCCUUUUCUUGGGUGUUGUAUGCUAUUUUCAAUGGUGAGGAGUAAACAUUCUUGAAGGGCUAUUUUUGACUUAAGGCACCUUUUGGUUUGAGAAACAGCACCAUGUUGGAGGUGAUUCUUUUUAAUAGACUCUUGAUUGCCAUCAACUGAAAGGAAAUGUCACACAGCCUGGAAUCCAUACCAGUGGUCUGAGAACUGUGAGAAGUGGAUGGCAGCUCUUGUUUUUAGGGCAAGACCAUCUGUUGUAAGGCUUCUGGAAAGCUUCGCAGUAGUACUUAGGGAUGUUAAUAUGUCAACACAACAGGUCUACUUUCUUCAAUGAGAAAGAUGUCCUCAACCAUUCCUGAUUGAUAUUUUUCCAGUAAUCCUGUAAGAUAUGUGUUGUUCAUGAGGACAGUUGAACAAGUUGCAGUCAACUGGUUUUUGUUUCCAACUUCCAACCAAAGUAACAAACCUCAGAAAUCUGGUCAGGAUGGACAAGAAUAGAAGCUGAAUACACUGAAACUAACCCACGAAAGACAGAUGUGCAGAGAUUGGUACCACACAGUUUGUCUAUAUUUUACUAUUUGAAUAUAUUGGCACCAUAUUUUAUAGCAAACAAUCUAUUGGGGAAUAAAGCAGAAGUGUAAACAGGC